AUGGAGCACGAUUACGAUCGCAAGUUCGAGGAGAUGAAGAAAUACAUUCCGUUUUUAGAGAGCAUGAUCAAAAGAUUGGAGAGCAACAGCUCCGCGUCAGGAAAUCCUAGAGAGGCGCAGCUGGCUAAAAUCCGAUCUCUGAGAGAUCUUCUAUUGGAUAAGAAGAAAAGAAUGAAAAUGGAGAAUUUGCUGAAAUGUGAACAAGUUCUGGUUAAUUUGUAUGCGAAAGUUGAACAGAGGGACUGCUUAUCCAAUAUGAAGAAUGACAUAGAUACCGCCCUUGGCACAGAAAAUCCAGAAUUGAGUUUGGUGCGUAAUAAGCUUAAAAAUGUUGCAUCACAUUUAAAAGACCAAGAAACAUUACCAGAAAUUGCAAGGGCAAGCAAGAUAGAAGAAGCCUGCACAGCUGGUAGCAAAGAACCAGCUCUAUUUCAAAGACGACCUAACAAGACCUCCGUAACUCCCCCUCCGUCUUCUUUUAACAAUAGUAAAAGUUCGCCAACAUUAGGGAACCGAAAUUACACUCGUGUUCUUAUGUCUCCUGACCAUGACACAAACUGGCAAGAAGAUAUAGAAUCGGGCAAACCGUUAUAUAGUAGAAGAUCACCCCGAAGGACUCCCCGAAAGUCGCCACGAAGGCGCUUGUCACCACAUCAUAGAAAAGAAAGAAAUACGUCCACCAAUCAACCACAGAUAACAAACGAACUUAAAGAUUUAAAUAUAACUCUUAAGGUCCCGGAAGAAAGUUUAAAUUCCCUAAAUACGAAAGAUAUUCUUCCCAGAAUUAUGAAAUGUAGUGAUAAUGAUGUCGAUAUUGAUACAUUACGUGGAUUAAGAACACAGAUUCUGUCCGAAUUAAAACAAAUUAAAGCAAACAAAGAUGACAUAUCUGAUUUAAUACUAAAGUCUUACAAUAACAAAAAAGAAUUCAGAAAGAAGAAGAAGGAGGAGGUUGAAGAAGGGGAAUUGUCAGAUAGCGAAAGUGAAAUUAUAGAAAGCGUUUACGGUAGCUUAGUAGUAGUGGAUAAAGAUCAAAAUAAUACAAGUAUUACAAAAAAAUCGGAUUAUAAAGAUCAAGACUCUAGAAAAAUUCAAAUCUGUUUAGUGAUUAAUUCAGAAAAGGAAGGGCGAAACCAAACUGAUAGAGCCAAAGACAUAAAUGUUCAAAAUCCUAUUAUUGACGAAUCAGAAUUUGAAUCAUUUACAAAGAGCUCUGAGGUGGCUAAACAAAACUGCGAUAAUAAAGAUGAUAGUGUGCCCGAUAAAGAAAACCAACAAGGUGUCUCGAAGGAAGUAGAAAGCAAAUUGCAAAUGGCUGUCUCUGUUGUUAACUCUGUUUCUAAAUUGAGUACAAAAUGUGAGGAAUCUGAAAAAUCGAAAAAUAAUGAAUUGGAAUCUUCUGAAUCAUUCACACCAAACUUCUACAAACCCGUUUUAAAUGUAGAAAACUCAAAAAAGACAUCAACGGAAGAAUUAAAUAUAGACAUUGAACAAAAUAAGGGUAAAGAUAAAGACGAUUCGGCCAAACACCAGCAAGUUGAAAUACCGUUACUGGAUUUGGAAGCUUCUGCAAAACAAGAAGUAGUUCACGAAAUUGAUAUAUUACAAGCAUUGAAAAACGAAAUUUUGAGUGAACAAAUAUCUGUAGCUGACCCUGGAACUGUGACACCUCCAUUGCAUCAACCAAAAGUUACUAAAGUGGCUAAUAUGCAUGGAAUGAUAUCGAAGAAAAGAAUUUCUAUCGAAAAGUAUAAAGAAAAAACAACUGCUUCUUCGAAACCUUCGCUGUUUACAAAUGAAAUUAAGGACAACUCAUUAAAAGAUGACCUUUUGAGGAAACAAAGUAUAAAACUAACUGAAAAAGAAUAUGAGCGAUUUAAAUUAUCAAACAAAUUAUCUUUUGAUGAAAGUUCUGAAGAUGAGAUCCGCGUG